AUGCCCGCGCUCUACGCCAACGCGCCCGCGGAAGUCGCUGACGAGGCUGGCCGGCUUGUGGCUCUGGCGUGGUGCUUGCUGGGCUGCGGAGCAGUGGCAGCGGCGGUGUUGGUGGCCGGUGUCACCGCGCCGUACGGCCGAUACAACACGGCCGGCCGGUCGUGGAUCUACGGAUGGAACGUGCCUGGUCGGCUGGCGUGGUUUGUGCAAGAGAUGCCGUGCGUAGUAGCGUCUGCUACUGCGCUGGCGUAUGCGCCGGGCGAGCUCUCGCGCGCGCAGAUGGCGCUGCUGGCCGCCUUUGCCGUCCACUACUUUCACCGAGCGUGCGUCUUUCCGUUCCGCAUGGUUGGCUCCAAGCCGUCGAGCCUGAUGACAACGGUCCUGGCCUUUGCCUUUUGUGCGGCUAAUGGAUACAUGCAAACCCGCUGGAUCACGGCCCACGCCCAGCCCUGGCUCGACUCUGUGCCUGCCCUCACGAUGGCCACCGGUCUUGUACUCUUUGUCGUCGGCAUGGCCAUCAACAUCCACUCGGACUCGAUCCUGCUCAACCUGCGGAAGCCAGGUGAGACUGGGUAUGUCAUUCCGCGCGGCGGCAUGUUCGACUACGUCUCGGGAGCGAACUUUUUCGGCGAGAUUGUCGAGUGGCUUGGCUUUGCCCUCGCAGGCGGCUGCCACCUUGUGCCGCUCUCGUUUGCGCUCUUCACAAUGUGCAACAUCGGGCCACGCGCCCUGCACCACCAUGCUUGGUACCUGACUAAGUUCCGCGACGAGUAUCCUCGUCACCGGCGGGCGCUUGUGCCGUUUGUUCUGUAG